UGAAACUGAAAGUAUCAACUGUCUUUAGCUUGUGUAGCCUUAACUUAUCAAAACAGUUCACUUGUACAAUGGCUUCUAACAUUGUUGCCGAGUCUGAAGAUGAGCAGAAGUCAUCCACGUACCAGGACUGUGAGGACAGCAGUCAGAGCCUGUCAGAUACGGAUGAUGAUUCAUCAGAUUCAGAGAGCGACAGUGACAAAGAACAAGGAGCCGUGGCAUCUUCGGGAGCCAGGGCUGUUAAUCAAGAGCCAUGCAGGUACUACAAUUCCGGUAAAUGCAAAUAUGGAAAGAAGUGCAAAUAUCUGCAUGUUUGCAAGUACCACUUCAAAGGGAGGUGCAAGAAGGGAUCAAAUUGUCCUCGAAGACACUCUGCUGCCUCCCAGAGUGACUCGUCAUCUGAUGAGGAUGACAGAGGGGGAAGAAGAACAGCUACCCCGACAGAAACGCAUGAUAAGCCUUAUAAGUGGCAAUUAAACAGUGGAGAGAGCUGGAGGGAUAUUGCAAAUGACCAUGUCCUAGAAGCCCAGUACUCACUGCCUGGUGUCAGAGGCAUCAAAAUCUACAACACAACUUAUGGGGCGAUUGAUAUUGAUUUUAACAAAAUGAGGAUCCGUAAAAAAAAAAUAAGAGUGCGGCGCAAGAGUUUUGACGAUUGUGGACAAGAAACUGAAUGGCUGUGGUAUUACCAUGGAAACAAUGGCUGGAUUGAGUAUGGACAAAAGGAUUCCAAAGGCAGCGCUACAUCUUUGAAAAGUUGUGACAUUGAAAAGGAGUACCAGAAGAAACCAAAGAAUUUUCUUUACAAGUUUACUGUUGGGCACACGUUGUAUGAAAUAAACUUUAAAGAAAUGCAACAGAUCAAUCUAGAAUCAAACCAUAAAAGGAGAGUAGUUCGCCGUCCAAAAUUUACAGCUCUGCAUGUGAAAACAGGAAAAACAAACCCUACUUCCCAACAGCAACACGUUUCUCCCAGGGGUACAAAGCCAGUGUGGCAGUUUGAGGGAGAUAGUGGAAAGUGGUACGAAUUCAAAUACAGGUUUGCUACUGACACAGAAUCAUCAGUCUCAAGCAAAGAAAUAGAAGCAAAAUACCAAGCAAACCCCGAGGGCUCCAUGACAUUCAAGGCUGGCAAAUACCAGUACAUGCUGAAUUUCUCAGAUAUGACUCAAACCAAUCUUGCUUCGAAAAAGAUACGCAGAAUACAGCGGACAAUGAUUUAAUGGAAGACAAACGCUAUGAUCAAGACGUAUCCCAAGACCUUGCUGCCUUAAAAUUGAUACCUUCCUGUAUAUAUGGUGCGAUUUACUGUAUACUCUAUAUAACAAGCAGUUUGCAUUUAAUUCCAUGGAGGUAAGUUUGGUUGUGUUUUGGUUGCCAUAACUACAGAUGUCCUACAAAGUAAUCUGUCCCCAAAAAAUCAUUGAAAUGCCUUAAAUGACCUCUCUGUAAACAAUUUAAUCAAAUAAUAUUGAAAUUUCAUCCAGUGAGAAAGUCACUCAACCAAAUUCCACAUUGUUUCCUGGACAAAUGUACAAACAACCAAAAUAGAAAUUGACAGACAAAGAGGGUAUGGUUACUUGAAAACGUGUGUACAUAUUUUCCUCAAAUACUGAAAUGCAACAUGAACAUAUACAGAAAGUAGGGUAGCAACAAGAUUGUAUUUUCUGAAAUGUGGGUCGAUCCUCAUCUUGUUUAAAGGGUUUCAACAUUCAUAUCAAUGCAUAACCUGGUUCCAAUGAACCGCAAUCACAAAAGCAAUCAUUAAAUAUGAAAUUGUUCUAAAAAGUUACUCCUAUUUAUGUCAAAUGUUAAGUGCAGUAGCAUAACUAUUACCUCCUAUGUAUGAACUUGAAAUGAAAUUAUUGCACUGCCAAACUCAUAACUUGGGUGAUAGCGAACCAAUUAUAUGUGUGUGUGUGUGUGUGUGUGUGUGUGCUGGGAUAAUAUCUGAAUAAUCAAACUAAUAUUUCUUGACAUGUAUUUGGAUGCAAAAAUGAGAUGUUCUUAUCUGCUACAAAUGACAAAAAAUAUCUUGCACUUAUGUGGAAUGUAAUGUACAAGAACCCAAACCAAAGAGUUUUGUCCCCCUUCUUUACAAUGCCAUUUCCACGUUUGUUUUAUUUGAAGUGUUUAAAGUUAAAUUUCAGUUUUAAUUUGCUU